UCUUCCUCUUCUUCUCUACUUUAAAUAAAAAUAGCCGAGAAUGUCAUGAAUCUUCUCAAACUGUUGAACUAAUUAGACAAACAAGAUGAACAAUAACUAGCAGAGGGGUCUUAUUCCCUUCAACAUCAACCUAUCUCAAUUCACAGAAUGGCAAAGAAGAAAAAGUCGGCUUUGAAGCCGGUCGCCAAUCGUGGAUUCGCUACUACCUCCACGCCAAGCAAGAAUACCACACAACAGCCGAGUAGCUCAUCAGAAUCGAAGAAUGUGGAAGACAAUGGUGGAAAUGGUAUAGGAAAGACAAAUCAGAAGGACAGCAAUGCAAUUGACGAAACAGGAAGCGAUGCAGUAGGGUGGAAUGCUAUUGAAAAUGAGACAUUAUCUGUCGAGAAUAACAUAAAACCCGAGUUUGAUGCAGCAAAAGAAGAAGAACAAGCACUACAAAAUGUUGUUGAACGUUUACGUGACCGAGUGGAAAAGGACGUCGCCCGAUUCUGGAAAACGAUUGAAUUUGAUCGCCGAUUCUCAAAGCAGUUGCCCAUCUUUGAAAUGGAUCCGCAAUUAAGAGAUGAUAUUCUAGACUCAUUUGCAAAAGGGAAUGAGAAAGAGGAAGCAGCGGCUAUAGCACAGGAACCGGAGCAAGAUGAUGAUAUCUCAUCCUUACUUGCUCAUGUACGACCUUCUUCCGCUGCCAGUGAACUCCUACAGAAAGCUCUUGUCACACAUGCAUUGCUUUUGCGACUUGGCUUUACAGCAAAACAGGCAAUAGCUGCUUUGAGCGAAUGUCAAAGUGUCACUGAUAUCGAUGAAUGUGUUGCUUGUCUUGUUGGUGCAUUAUCGUUGGAAGAGCUUGAAGACGUUGAAAGAAGAUGUGAUGGGAAAAGCACACAAUCAUCUCGGACGAAGGAAAACGACAACUCUGAAGACGAAACAGACAAUACCGACACUCUAGCAAUUGAUGAUACUAGACCACCCUUUCAUCGCGGUUUCACUUUUGAACGAGCGCCAACGUCCGGUACCACAUCUAGAGCUGCAUACUCAGGAAGCAAUACACCAUUAGACACCCAAAGUGGCUCUCAUACACCCACCGUCUCAUCAGCAGAGGCGAAAGAAGCAAUCGAAGAUGCAAAGGUGUUCUGCAAUGCUGCAUUGAGAUCAUUGGACGAUCAAGAUCAGAUCGAUUCGCUCGAGAAACCUGAUUUGGCAUAUGCGCAAGCACGCCUUUUCAUCAUUCAAGCAGACAAGAAAUCAACACAAGUCGAAAAGCUGUGCAAAGGAGAAACAAGUCCUGAGCUCAAUGACGUUCGACGAAAAUGGCAAUCUGUAAAGGCAAAAGCACGUGUUACCAUAGAUGAUUGUCAAAUUAGUCCUAAUUGGCAUAAAGUUUCGGCGGACAAUGAAUUCCAGCGGCUCAGGAUGGACUGGGAAGCAGAGGAAGGCAAGAUUGAUGCAGCAAAGAAAGCAAAAGCAAAAGCUGAUGUUUUGAAUGCAAUGGAACAAAGCAACAUGCUCUCGUCGAACGGUGAUGGAUCCCUUGAUUCAACAGUGAACCAGCUUGAUACAGAUGAAGGUGGUCUCUUUGGCGAUCUCCUCGACGAACAGGCCACAGAAGUGAUGGACACCUCAACGCAGACCAAAAUCACAUUAUUCGAUCUUCCUCCACAAGCUAUCAAAGUGCAUGGUAGCAAGGCCCCAAGAAGCAUACUCAGUGAUGCACUGAGAAGAAGAAACCCUUCAGCCACAAUUCGUUACGAGCCAAUUGCAACGGGAGGACGCAUGUUCCGUAGUCGUUUGACUAUGCGAUGGCUGAACGGUUUGGCGGACAUAUAUACAAUGACGGGUAUGGCAACUUUAAGCCAAACUUCUGCUGAUGAUAUGAUGGCCAUUGCUGCUUUGAUGUGCAUCGAUCCUAGAGCAGAUAAAACGCUAUCAGCAGGAUUCCGUGAAUGGUGGGACGAGCUCGCUGAGUGCAAGAAAGGCGAGAAAGAUGAUUUGAGUCGCAAGCAAUUCAAAAAUAUCCUUACAGUUCUCGGGCCCAGACUAGAAGCUGCCAACCGAGACGCUGAAGAGACAAAGAAGGCCUUGCGUGCAAAACAGCCUCUCACGAAGCCGACAGAUUCGGUCGUAGACGAUGCCCUAGCAGAUGAUGAAGAAAGACCUGAGCACAGGGAUGAAGCUGGUAAACGGAUGUGGAACUCGCAUGAAUCCAGCAAGAAUUUCCAAACUAUGCUACCUGGCAGACAGAAUCUACCAAUUGCAGCCUACAAAGAGCAUUUUCUUGAAAUUUUGGAUCAAAAUCAAGUAGUCGUCUUGAGUGGUGAGACUGGAUGCGGAAAGUCUACGCAAAUCCCUUCAUUCAUUCUGGAGCAAAGGUUACGAGCAGCAUUGCCGUGCAGAAUCCUAGUCACUGAACCUCGUCGAAUUUCGGCAAUUUCCUUGGCUGAACGUGUGUCUGCAGAAUUGGGUGAACACAAAGGUGCGGUGGGAAAAGAUGAUAGCUUGAUCGGUUCGGCAGUUCGCUUGGAAAACAACAUUGGACGGAAUGCAAGAUUGAUUUAUGCAACAACUGGUAUCGUCUUACGCAUGCUAGAAGCUGGUCAAUUGGACGAUGUGAGCCAUAUCAUCGUUGAUGAAGUUCACGAACGUUCGAUCGAAUCAGAUUUCCUCUUGAUCAUUCUUAAAAGCCUGAUGAAUGUGAGAAAGGAUCUCAAGGUCGUUCUCAUGUCUGCUACGUUGGACGCUGAAAGAAUAAGUGCCUACUUCGGCGGCUGUCCUACAGUCAACGUGCCUGGAAGAACAUUCCCAGUCGAAGUACAUUGGCUCGAAGAUGCCGUUGAACUUUGCGAUUACAUCAUCGAAGAAGGAUCUACCUAUGCACGACGCAGAAAUCGAAAAAACGGAGCUCCAAAUGACGUCAACAAUGCCGGUCGACUUGCAGUGACAGGAGAAGAUGACGAUGACGAUCUUGAUGAGAAUGAGGAACAACAAUCUCAGCCAUCAAACAUCUCUGCAAACGGAACAUACAGGCCAAAGACUGUGAGCACUUUAGAUCGAAUGGAUGAAAACAUCGUAAAUCAUGACUUGAUCGUGUCACUGCUUGAUCAAAUGUGCUUCGGUCCUGCUCACCUUCAACAGUAUAGUGCUGCAACAUUGAUCUUCCUUCCCGGUAUCGCAGAGAUCCGUAAAUUGCAUGAUAUGCUGCAAGCGCACAAACGAUUCGGAACGAGAGAGUUCCAAAUUUGGCCUCUGCACUCCACGAUCACCAGUGAGAACCAAUCUCUCGUUUUCGAUCUACCACCAGAAGGUGUUCGAAAGAUCGUUCUUAGCACAAAUAUUGCAGAAACAGGUAUCACAAUUCCUGACAUCACUUGUGUGAUCGAUACUGGUAAGCACAGGGAAAUGCGAUUUGAUGAAAAAAGACAAUUGAGCAAGUUGGUGGAAUGCUUCGUGGCAAGAAGUAAUGCAAAACAACGCAGAGGUCGUGCUGGAAGAGUACAGAAUGGAAUCUGUUGGCAUUUAUUCACCCGUUUCAGACAUGAUUCCUUCUUGGCCGAGCAUCCCAUUCCGGAAAUCUUGCGUUUAUCCUUGCAGGAUUUGGCAUUGAAACUAAAGGUGAUGAAGGUCAAGAUCGGGAAUAGCAUUGAGGAUGCCCUGAGCAAAGCCCUCGAUGCACCUUCUGCGAUCAAUGUUCAAAGAAGCGUUGCUUCUCUGGUGGAGAUCAAGGCACUAACGACGAACGAAGAUAUCACGCCUUUGGGUAGACAAUUAUCACGUUUGCCAUUGGACGUAUAUAUGGCAAAGUUCCUGUUGAUUGCAUGUAAUCUGCGGGUUUUGGAUUCUGCGCUGACGAUUGCUGCCACUUUGAAUGCAAAGAGCCCAUUUAAUGUUCCCUUUGGUCGUGAAUUGGAAGCAAGAGCGGCGAAAAAGUCAUUCGACGCAGGCGAUAACGAUUUCGUCACAAUGGUUCGCGCAUUCAACGCAUGGAGAAGAUCAACCGAGAAUGGAGUUGGAAGACAGUUUUGUUUAAAAUGUUUCUUGAACAUGACCAAUUUGAUUCAAAUUGAAGAGUUACGUCAACAAUACAUGACGUAUUUGUUGGAUGCUGGUUAUGUGCAAGUCACCAACCAAGAACGCCAAGAGAUCGUUGGUGCACGAUUCCGAUUCCAUUCUUCGAAGACCAAAUUUAUGCGAGUUCCUGCUUAUUUGGACGAGAAUAGCGCAAGUCUUUCGCAAGUGAAUGCGGCUCUUGUUACAGCCUUGUAUCCUAAGUUGCUUUCAAUCGAUUCACGCAACGGUCAAUUGAAGACGCUCACGAAUAAUGCACCUGCUGCCAUUCAUCCUUCUUCUGUGAACUUCAAGUUGCAUCUUGGAUCAUUGCACAAGUCUAUUCACCAUUUGGUCUAUUUCACCAUUAUGCAAUCGCGCAGGCUAUAUGCAUGGGAAACGGGAGCGAUUGAUGAUCGAGCUUUGAUGAUGCUUUGUGGUGAAGCAGAUUUCAAAUUUUCCGCAAAAAGUCUGUAUAUCGAUCGUCAACGAAUACGAACAACGUUUUAUGAUUUGAAAACGGCUUUAGCUUUGCGCAUCUUACGUCAAAGGAUGACAAAAUUAUUGCAGACUAGUUAUCGAUCACCCGGUAAGGAAUGGUCGCAAGAAGAUCAAGAAUUGUUUGCAUUCGCAUGUGCUUUCAUUGGAGUAGGUGCAAACGAUAAGGAUCGAGUAGUCAUUUGAGAAAAGAGGAGAGUAGCAUUAUAAUAUCAUAGAAUAGAAUACAAUAGAUUUGUAAUAGAUUUGCAUUAUAUUCACUGCAACUGGUCCGAGCGGUUCCGUUACGGGAUAUGAAUAUGAUUACAAGUUCUUUACGUGAAAGCUCCGAAUCCGUACUACCACCACCUCUUUUCAUUCACGAUCAUAAUAUCAAUAUGGCUGACGGUGCAGAUUUUUGGGUCUCUGAAUCUGCAGAGAAAACCCUGGCAGAAGCAAAAAAUGAUGCAAGCGAGAUCGUUGAAAUGAUCGA